UGUCCCUUAGUGUGGGAGAAGUGCUUGAUGGAGAUCGGAUGACAGAGUCCCUGUAUAAAAUCAAAUUCUGGGAGAAUACAGAGAAAAACAAGUCACUGCCAGCUAAGUCUAACAGAGAAAGAUGUAUUUGCAUUUGGACUAAAUACACACAACUUCACAGUACAUUGCAUAAUUGAAAGGUGUACCUGAGUCUAAUUGGUGACAUCUUUCCUUUUAUGUCUCCUUUCUUGUAGGUGGACCAGCUCCGAGAGGCCAUAGAGGAGCCGUGUUACUUUGAGUUUGUCCUGGAUGACAUUCCCAUCUGGGGCUUUGUGGGGUACAUGGAGGAGAGUGGCUUCCUGCCUCAAAGUCAUAAGGAGGGUGGGGCUGUGGACACACCUGGACUUCAACAUCAUGUACAACGGCGACUCUGUGAUCUUUGCCAACGUCUCAGUGAAGGACUCCAAGCCAGUGCCCCUGGAGGAGGGUAGGGUGGCGUCAGACACUGGUGGUGGGAUCAGGCUGGCACUGUCCUUAACCUACAGCGUGCACUGGUUUGAUAGCCCUCUGACCCAUGCCCAGCUGGCAGAGAGGCUGAGGGACUACUCGUUCUUCCCCAAGACUCUGGAAAUCUACCUGGUACUGGUGGUGCUACUGCUGGGCUUUGUCAUCAUCCUCAUCCGGGUCCUCAAGAACGACUUCGCCAGGUACAAUGUUGAGGAGGGGAGCUGUGAUGAUCUGGACCAAGGGGAUAGUGGCUGGUAGAUCUUCCAAACGGACGUUUUCCGGGUCCCUCCUUAUAAAAGCCUGCUGUGUGCCGUGUUGGGAAUGGGAGCUCAGUUUCUAACCCUGGUCACAGGGACUGAAUGUCUGUGUGACAUAAUAACUGGAAAUCUGACAAGCAGUGGACAUCUCAGUGGAGCUGUACUACGUGGGGCUGCGAGCAUUACACCCUGUGUAGCAUCAUCCUCGUGUUAUGCGCCUGCAUCUCGGCGGUGCUGUACUACGUGGGGCUGCGAGCAUUACACCCUGUGUAGCAUCAUCCUUGUGUUAUACGCCUGCAUCUCGGCGGUGCUGUACUACGUGGGGCUGCGAGCAUUACACCCUGUGUAGCAUCAUCCUCGUGUUAUACGCCUGCAUCUCGGCGGUGCUGUACUACGUGGGGCUGCGAGCAUUACACCCUUACCGUGAAAUGUUUACUUACAAACCCGUAACCACCCUUAACAAAAAUGUCAAAAUGUUUACCAAACACAAUAAAAUAACAAUGGGGGUACCGGUUCACAGUCAAUGUGCGGGGGUACAGGUUAGUCAAGGUUAUUUGUACAUGUAGGUAGCAGGUAGCCUAGUGGUUAGAGCAGGCCAUGAACCGAAAUGUUGCUGGAUCGAAUCCCCGAGUGGACAAGGUAAAAAUCUGUAAUUCUGAACAAGGCAGUUACCCCACUGUUUCCCGGUAGGCUGUCAAUGUCAACAAGAAUUUGUUCUUAACUGACUUGCCUAGUUAAAUAAAAAAGGCAGGGGUGAAGUGACCGCAUCCUCAAGAUGGACUAAGGGUAUGGACACACACCGGCCCAGUUUGAAUGUUUCAGGUUGGGUUUCCCUGCUCAGACGUUGCCUGCAAGUGGUGAAAGAUGCAUUUGGAAAUGACUAACAGGGCUGUGUACAGACCUCCUGUGGGGGGAAAAUAAAUAUAGAUGUCAGACAGACUGCCACAAAGGCUGAAAGGGGAUGCAAGGAAUUAUGUUAAUGGCUCUAGAAGGGGAUGAAAGUGUAUGACGUGAAUGUGUCAGUGUGACGCAGGCUUGCGGUUUGGCAGAAGGAUCAGUUCUAGCAUGAUGUAAUGUCAGUGAUGGACCAAUAUUGUGUACCAUAGUUGCCAUCGACUGAGUUUGUUCCAAUGUAAAUACAAUCUAUUACAAUGAGAUAGAUAUAGCGAGUAAUACGAGAUAUAUACACACACACAAACCAAGUAUUGAGUCAGUGUUUGCUCUGAUAAGACAUGCUUUAUUUGUACAACCAGUCAUUGUUUCCCCUUUGCAAGAGUGACAGAUCAGGCAACAAGAUGACAUUACCAACAAUCCUGGUCGAAGCGUUCCGUGUAGAGCUUUUAACAGUUGGCGGGUUCUCCAAAAAACUGCCCCGUGUAAAGACAAAGAAAAGUAAAUCCCACCAACAUGGCCACAUCAUUUCAUUACAGGUGGACGGUAAAACCAAAAGGGUUUAUGAUCCAAAUAGAAGAAGAAAAAAGCAUAAGGCAUAACUAAAAGUAUGGGGAAAAGGUUGGGGAGAAAAAGAGGUAAAAAUUCAAAAAAGUUAAAAAGAGAAAGGUCCCACGUUCAGAUGUGUAGCAUCUGUAGUUAAG